AUGUCUGCCGAAAAAUGGUCGGUUUUAUUCCACUCUACCUCGGGAUAUCGACGUAAUGCAGUCUCUUUUACUUAUCUUCUACUUACCAUUGAUUUUGCUUCUCACAUUUCCCUUAACCUUUUUAUUCUUCGUAUUGUAAAAAAGCACACAAAGCUCAAAAUUUAUCCUGCUACAACGUUAAAGCAGUUGACUCCCCAUAAAGACCUCAUAUUCGGCCGUACAUUCACUGACCAUAUGCUCACUAUCGAAUGGUCAAGCGACAGUGGUUGGGCUGAUCCGGUGAUAAAAGAGUACGGCACGCUUAGCAUUGAACCGAGUGCGUCUGUGUUUCAUUAUUCGUUCGAGUGUUUCGAAGGUUUGAAAGCAUAUAAAGAUAAAAGUGGGAGGACGAGGUUGUUUAGGCCGGAUAUGAAUAUGAAGAGAUUUAAUAAUAGCGCGAAGAGAAUUGCGUUACCGACUUUCGACGGCAAUGAAUUGAUUGAAUGCUUAAAAUCUCUUCUCCGUCUCGAUUCCCACUGGAUUCCAAACGAACGCGGGUACUCUCUCUACAUCCGCCCAACGCUCAUCAGCACCCAGAAUACCCUUGGGGUUGGUCCCGUUUCGCAGGCGUUGCUAUUCAUCAUCUGCUCACCCGUUGGACCCUACUAUAAAACCGGAUUUAAUGCAGUGCGAUUAUAUGCAACCACUGAGAAUGUCCGUGCAUGGCCAGGCGGCACUGGAGAUGCUAAAAUCGGAGGAAAUUACGCGCCUUGCGUAAGGCCGCAAGUCUUGGCAGCAGAGAAGGGAUACCAACAGAACUUGUGGUUAUUUGGAGAAAAGCAUGAGAUCACUGAAGUCGGGACCAUGAAUUGUUUUAUGUUUUGGAAGAAUGAAGAUGGCGAAACCGAACUUGUGACACCUCCAUUGGAUGGCUCAAUCCUCCCAGGUGUUGUGCGAGAUUCGGUAUUAUCUCUCACGAAAUCGUGGAACGAGUUCAAAGUCAGCGAACGCAAAUUUUGUAUGUCAGAUAUCGUUAAAGCAUCUGAGCAAGGACGGUUACUUGAGAUGUUUGGUACUGGUACUGCAUGCAUCGUUAGUCCUAUCAAAGAGAUUUAUUACAAAGGACAGGAUAUAAACAUACCAUUGGAUGCAAAUGAUCCUUCGUCAAAUGCUGGACCUCUUGCUAAGAGGCUUGCCGAUGAACUGAUGGGGAUUCAGUAUGGUGAGAUUCCGCACGAGUGGUCGGUCAUCGUUUGA